AUGGCCGGCAACAUGGGAAUGGAACAACUUAUUCCCAUAGUGAAUAAGUUGCAAGAUGCUUUCGCCACUCUUGGCGUGCCUAUAUCUUUGGAUCUGCCUCAGAUCGCUGUCGUCGGAAGCCAGAGUGCUGGCAAGAGUAGUGUGCUCGAAAACUUCGUUGGCAGAGAUUUCUUGCCUCGGGGAUCUGGCAUUGUCACCCGUCGACCCCUUGUCUUACAACUUUUCAACAGUAAAAGUGAAUAUGCUGAGUUUGUGCACUGCAAAGGCAAGAAAUUCUCAGACUUUGAUCUGGUUCGUAAAGAGAUCGAAGAUGAAACUGACAGAGUGACUGGCGGUAACAAAGGAAUCAGUAACAUUCCAAUCAACCUCAGAGUUUAUUCUCCACACGUGCUCAACUUAACCCUGAUUGAUUUACCUGGCAUGACCAAAGUGGCCGUUGGUGACCAACCUGCUGAUAUUGAACAGCAAAUUAGGAACAUGUUGUUGGAGUUCAUUACUAAAGAAAAUUGCCUUAUCCUAGCUGUCUCGCCAGCCAAUAGUGAUUUGGCAAACUCAGAUGCUUUGAAAAUUGCAAAGGAGGUUGACCCACAAGGGUAUAUUGGUGUUGUGAACAGAAGUCAGAAGGACAUUGAUGGCAAAAAGGACAUUCGAUCUGCUUUGGCUGCAGAAAGAAAAUUCUUUCUCAGUCACCAGUCAUACAGAAUGGUACAGCAAUUUUCUGUGGAUUUCGAUAAGAAUAUUGAGGGCACCGGUUCUGAAAUCAACGUCAACGAAUUGUCUGGUGGUGCAAAGAUCAACCGAAUUUUUCAUGAGCGUUUCCCUUUUGAAUUAGUCAAAGUGGAAAUUGUUGAAACUGAACUUCGUCGAGAGAUCAGUUAUGCUAUUCGUAACAUUCACGGUAUCCGAACUGGUUUGUUCACUCCAGACAUGGCUUUUGAAACAAUUGUGAAAAAACAAAUUGAAAAAUUGCGGGAGCCAUCCCUUAAAUGUGUUGAUUUGGUGGUUACUGAGCUAACUAGUGUUGUGAGGAAAUGUGCAGAGAAAAUGGCUCGGUAUCCCCGACUCCGGGAAGAAACUGAGAGAAUUGUCAAUUCGAUCAUCCGUGAACGGGACCAAAAGGCAAAGGACACUUUACUUCUGCUGGUUGAUAUCCAACUAUCCUAUAUGAAUACAAACCAUGAAGACUUCAUUGGAUUUGCAAGGUUUUUUCUUAUAAAAGAGUAA